AUGUCAUCCGAGGAUCCACCUAAUCCUGGUAAGGGGAAAGAGGUAGCAAAACCUAAAGCAAAAAAGGCACCAAAAAGGCCACGCUACCUGAUAAAAGUUCCUCCUGCAAGACCAUCCACAUCCACUCCAUCCACUGUUGCUGACAUACAUAGUGCAGCCUUACAACCAACCUCCCUUGGUGUUGCACCCACACCAUUACCAUCCCCAUUCGUUCCUAUUAUAGAGGCCACACCACCUCCUGUUAUGGUACCCACACCACCUCUUGUUAUGGUACCCACACCCCCUCCUGUUAUGGUACCCACACCACUCUCUCCUUUGGUACCCACACCUCCUUCUGUUAUGGUACCCACACCACCUUCUGUUAUGGUACCCACACCAUCUCCUAUGAUGGUGCCCAUGCCACCCCCUGUUGUGCUACCACAACCUUCUUCCUCACCCUCUACUAUUGCUAUACCUUCUCCAUCAUCAGUCCCUUAA